AUGGCAGCCCCAAGAGACAACCUUGGCCGUCUCCCAUGGAUAGCCUUGCAAAUCAUUCUCCGCUAUCUCCCGGAUCUCCCUACCGUAUUUUGUCUAUUGGAAGCAAGCGAACUGGUUAGAAAUGUAGUUUUAUUCCAAGUUUCCCUGUUUGCCGACAUCAUCGAGGACAACAUCAACCGACCCGUUGCCGAAGGAGGCCUUCAUCCCGAUAAUCGAAAGCUGCUGCGGAUAUUUGCUUUGAUUUCCUGGCGCACAAUGUCUGGGCUGCACGAGAACAACCCACUGCCUCGUUUGUAUCGCAGUGUCAUUCCUGCUUUGGCAAAUGCCAUUUCGAUGCCUCCACUCGCAUACAGCAUUUCUCAACAUGGGGGCUCACAAGCCCGAACCUGCUUUGCGUCUGAACGGCUUCACAAAUCUAUUCCAUCAAUGGUCAUCUAUGGGAUGAUCAAAUUUGCUGCUCUGGCUCAACAAAUCUCUCACGGUUGCUUCCGUGACUGCAUGGCUCGAUGCCUGUCUUUGCCGCUGAGACAGCCUCACCCGAAUGAACGUCCCAUCGCAGAUCUCAGUUUUUCCUCACGCCCAGAUGGGAUCCCUCUCAUCCCCGUUAAUCAGGGCCCUCCAACUUAUUGGGAGGAACAAAGACUGCUGCGGACCACCCUUCGCUUCUUACUCUUUUGGGACCUCAAAGAUGCAACUGAAAGAGGGGUUAUCUCAGUUAACUCUCACGUGGAUGAAACAUUCUUCAGUUCAAACAACGUUGAGGAAUACUGGUGUGGUCUCCCUCAGCAUGGAUCACUUGAGGGUGGCACGCGAAGCAGAAUCUUCUGGUCAGAGGUCUAUCAAAUGAGAUUAUUCCUUUCUUGGGUCAGAUCUCUCAAUCCCGGUGUUCCUCUUAGCCGGGACUGUCUUCAGUCAUUCCUCAGUGACUCUCGAUUGUCUAUGCCUUAUUGCCCUCUGACCCCGGUCUCACCUGGCGCUCAGCUGUCCAUGGAUAUGACAAUGACUGUCGGCAUCCCGCCAGUACAAAGCAUCUUGAUUAUCCUGCGGCACCAUAUCCGGGAGUUUGAUGAUAAGGACGUUCAGUUUUUUACUCAGUUUGGAUUCGAUUUCUGGGAUCAUGAGCGGCUUAAGGACUUCGGGCUCACCAAUGAUAUUCUUGGCAGCAACCACGCUUGGAAUACAGACCAACCUGGCCUCUCGCGGAACUUGUUUCGGCUGGGGUUUGUGUGGUCCAGCAUCCUCCCAGCCCCGCGUUGGAAAAUUUGUCGACGGUCCUUUGUCGAGGAAUAA